AAGUAUACGGGCGCGUGGUCAGUAGCAGUUUCCUUAGCGGUCUCGAACACCCCUACUUUUUCCAAAACCUUUAUGUCCCUAACACAGAUUUGUCAGCGUUUGUGUGCACGUAGGUCAAGUCAUUUUUCCUAUAAAUAAGUGUACCUAAUUGAGUCAGCUGUUUCAAAUGACAAAGAAGUUUUCGGAGAAAGUUUCGAGGCGGUUAUCAGUGUAGGAUUUAUUAUAUGUUACUAUAUUUAUAAAAUGCUGACUUAACUAUUAACGAAACUAAAAUGAAUAGAGUCCGCUCAACGAUCCGCUCUACGUCUAUUCGCGCCGUCUUUACCCUUCGACUGCUCAACUAAAUCUGUCCUCGACGCUUCUUUCUCUACCUCCCCUUAAAGUUAAGCACUACCCAGGGUUUUUCCCAGGCAGGGGAACGUUGUUCUAGGCGGCCUCGCCGAGGCGCGCCUGGACAACAUCAGCCCCAGUGGCCAGGUCAUAAAUUAAACUAAACUAAAGCUACGUUACAAUAUCCUUAUACCUAUCCUAUAACUAACGCUCUCUCUCUUUCUCUCUCACGCACACGCACACAUUCCCACUCCUACAUCAGUAAAGGCCAGUCGAGCUCUGAGUUUCGGUUUGAGAAGACGUCCAAGCGAUAAAAUGUAUCCAAAAUCAAAGAGUGGAGAGUCCCAACGAUCAUCAAGACCGCGAAAGAGACAAUUUCACGGGAAUAGAUUUUCCGAUAAAGAAAAUAAAAAGGAGCAAAGUGCAAGUGCUAAGAAACUAAGUAGUGGGAGUAGCAGUGAUAUAAUUUGCAAUCCACUGCAUUAUUACAGAAUCGUGAACUUUAUAACUGUAUUUGGCGCGCUUGCAGAAAUGCUAAUUUGUGCUCAGUGCAAACAAAAAGUUAAAUUUGAAGAAUCCGGUAAUCGCGGUUUCGGUUUUAAACUAAAUGUUGUAUGCCACUGUGGCCGCAAAGAAAUCAAUUCGGGACCGUUAAUUAAUACCGGAUAUGAAAUAAAUCGGAGAAUUGUCUUCGUUAUGAGGUUGUUAGGCAUCAGCCGAGAAGGCAUAAACAUAUUCAGUGGACUUAUGGAUAUGGGUCAAGGUCUAAGCAUAAGUACAUACGAUCUGAUUGUGCGACAUAUACACGCAGCCACAAGUUCAGUGUUUAAUGCUUUAUCCAAGAAAGCCGCUGAAGAAGAAAAAAGAGAAAACAUAAAACAUGGAAGACCUUCUACAGAAUUUAAAGUAUCUGGCGAUGGAUCAUGGAAGAAACGUGGGUUUACGUCAUUAUACGGUGUUACAACAAUUAUUGGAUACUACACUGGCAAAGUAAUGGAUUUCGUCGUAAAGAGUGGCUACUGUCAGGCUUGUACGUUUUGGAGUAAUAAGAGAGAUACCGACGAAUAUAUUGAGUGGUAUGAACAACACGAGGAAGAGUGUUUCGCAAACCACUAUGGUUCAGCGGGUAAAAUGGAGGUCGAUAGUAUACAGGAAAUGUUUUUAAGGUCGGAGGAGAAAUUUGGAGUCAAAUAUCGGAAUUAUAUUGGAGACGGUGAUUCCAAAACGUACAAAGGUAUUUUAGAUUGCAAUCCAUAUGGCGAUGAUUACCCUGUAACAAAAAGUGAGUGCGUAGGACACGUGGAAAAACGGAUGAGCACACGGCUCAGAAAUUUAAAAAAAACAGAAAAGCUUGGUGGAAAAGGAAAAUUAACAGACAUUUUAAUUAAAAAGUUAACCACAUAUUAUGGACUAGCGAUAAGACGAAAUGUAGAUUCCGUGACCGAUAUGAGAAAAGCCAUAAUGGCAACAUUACACCAUCUAUGUUCCACAAAUGAAAAUCCAAAUCAUGACAAUUGUCCAAUCGGAGCCGACAGCUGGUGCGAGUGGCGGAAGGCUCAGGCGGCAGGUCAAGAAAAAUUGUUCGACCAUCCACCCCCACUUCACCCAGAUGUCGCUAAACACAUACGACCUAUUUACGAAGAACUUUCGAAGGAAGAUCUGCUAAUUCGAUGUUUAGGUGGCCAUACCCAGAAUUCGAACGAAAGUUUCAAUUCUACAGUCUGGCGCCUAGCACCGAAACAUUUAAAUUCAGGCCUAAAAAUGAUCGAAAUUGCCGCUUUCAUUGCUGCCAGCAUUUUUAAUGAAGGGUACUCGUCCAUCCUUCGAAUAAUGAACGCACUACAAAUAAACGUAGGACAACAAAGCAAAUUUUUUGCCGAUACGCACGACGCGCAACGAAUCUCGAGGCAGGAGCGCCGCAGAUCAAGCAGCACGAAGGAGGCUCGAACAGCUUGCACACUGGUUCAAAUGCAACAAAACGAAUUUCAUGAGGAAGCGGAAGGCUUGCUGUAUGGGCCUGGUAUAGCAGACUAACCUCUGAUUACAAUAAGAAUUGGAUAUGCUACAUUGUACACAAUCUGUUACUCUUCGUGGUGAAGUGCUUAUGAAGAUUAUGUAAAUACCAGGAAUAAAAAGUACUAAUUCC